AGACAACACUUUGCCGCAGAAAUACAUUGUAGCCAUGUGAUCGUGCCAUGGGUGACGCAUCUCCUGGAGCUUCUUGGUGGAAGGGAGUGGUCCUGCAGUGGACAACGUUAAACGUCUGGGAGUGGUACGGAGUGUGUUCUGCUCCUGAUGACUGCACCUCAAGGUUGGCUGGUCAAUUGUAGCAAGACAAUGCAACGCAUACCAUUUGUUCAGGUGUUGUGGGUUAAGAGCAGGAUUGGAUGAGCACUUUCGUGGUAGUGCAAAGAUGAGGUCCAUUCAUUGGCAGGAGCGUUUGCAGGUGCAGCCCAAACUGCGUUUUGGCAUCCAUUGGAUGUUUUGAAGACUCGUAUGCAGGUUCGUGAUGGCACCGUGGGAUCGGUGCAUGCGUACAGUUCUCUGCGAAAAGCCGUAUUGUCAACUCUGCACUCAGAAGGUCCUCGUGGCUUCUUUCGAGGUGUUUGUGCAAACGUUGCUGGCUCUACCCUUUCAUGGGGCCUGCAGAUGCCACUGUACCAGCACUUCAAAGCCAUUGCAUACAAGGAGAGCAAAGAAAUCUUGGCUGCGAAAGAUAGUGCAUGCUCUCUAGCAGCAGGGUUGGCGACCAAUGUGGUGGUUCAUCCAGUCUUCUUGAUCAAGACACGUUUGCAGCUGCAGCGUGGACAAGCAGGCUACCGUGGAAUUCUCCAUGCUGUCACAACCAUCGCUGGUGAAGAAGGCCUGCAAGGCUUCUAUCGGGGCUUUGUCCCAUCCCUGAUGUUGUCUUCCCACGGUGCCAUUUUGCUGGUGGCUUAUGACCGCUUCAAAAACAAGUUUGAUUCAGUGCUUUUGGCAUCUGGCUCUGCGAAAGUCUUUGCAACUGUGGCCACAUAUCCUCUGCAAGUAAUCCGAUCGGUGAUGCAACAACGACCAACAGGGGGCACGUUCGAGUACUCCAACAUAUUCCGCACUGGACAGCUACUCUGGCAGCGAAAUGGAGUCACAGCUUUCUACCGAGGAAUUCUGCCCCAGAUGAUGCGAACAGUUCCACAAUCAAUGGCCUUCUUUUCCAUUUAUGAGUAUGCACUCACGGCCUUGCGAUUUCUUGGAACAAAGUCUUGAAAAGAGCUACCUAUGCCUUAUUACCCAUGCUUUGCUCGUGCGCAUGGACUCAGCUGGACGUCAAGCUGUGAAGCUAUCACUGCGUACCGAAGAUCAUCGGCAUCUUGACACUUCUCGCGGGCAGUGAAGCUGUGCCAAACGGUCCACACUUUCCCAAGAGAUGAACAAAUAGUGGGCAAUCACAUCGCUAUUAGGCCGCUCUUAGGCAGAGCACAGUGGGCGAGGGCGAGCGGCGAGUGGCAUCGACCAGACAGACUUGCCCGGGUCUGACCCAUCGGGCAGUGACGGGAACAGUGUGACACUGGGACCUUGGGCAUCGUCCGGAC